CAUUCUGUUGGGCCAUAAAACACACCACGGCCCACUCUCCGGAGCCGCCUUUGUGCUCGGUGCGGCGGCGCAGCCUCCCCCAACGAGCCGCCCGGCGCUGAUCGCGGAGAUGGAGCUGCAGGGUCCCAGUGCCAAGAGGAUGAGAUCGGAGGACAUCGCAGCCGGUGAGCCCCCGCCGCGGGCAAUGGAAGCCACGGAGGCGGCCAAUCCCGUACCUACAACCAACAGCAAAGAACCGCCGGCGCCGAUCGCGGAGAUGGAGCUGCAGGGUCCCAGUGCCAAGAGGAUGAGAUCGGAGGACAUCGCAGCCGGUGAGCCCCAACCGCGGGCAACGGAAGCCAUGGAGGCGGCCAAUCCCGGACCUACAACCAACAGCAAAGAACCGCCGGCGCCGCCGUCUGAAGCUGGCGGCGGCGAAGACGACGACGUCGACCGCAUCAGCGGCCUUCCCGACGCCGUCCUCGGUGAGAUAGUUUCGCUUCUCUCCACCAAGGAAGCCGGUCGUACCCAAAUCCUCGCCUCCCGGUGGCGCCACGUCUGGCUCGCCUCCCCUCUCGUCCUCGACGGCACAGACCUCUACACCAUGCCCCAGGCCGACAACCACAGCACUAAGAAGUUUACCGCCGCCGACGAGGCCCUCGCCAGCGUGGUCUCCCGCAUCCUCUCCGCCCACCCGGGCCCCGGCCGCCGCUUCUGCGUCCCGCCGCACUUUCUCCAGGACCGUCCGGCCACCGUGGACGCCUGGCUCAGCUCCCCAGCGCUUGCCAACCUCCAAGAGCUUGAUUUCUGGGAAGGGAAAGAUAUAAUGAUAUAUAGGUAUAUGCAACCCCGCUCUCCAUUGGCACCGCCACCUGGCUCUACUUUCAGGUUCUCAGCUACCCUCCGAGUUGCUACCUUCGGCAAAUGCGAGCUCCUGGGUAGCUCCGUGGAGGGGAUUCACUUUCCCCACCUCAAGCAGCUCGGCCUUGAAGAUGCCAGCAUCUCCGAGGGCUCAUUGCAUACCAUCAUUUCCAGCUGCCCUGUCCUGGAGUGCCUGCUGCUUAAAGGCAUCUUUGGGGUUGGCUCCCUCCGGAUUAGCUCCAAUAGCCUCACAAGCAUUGGCGUGGAUGCUGAUCGUCUUAGGGACAAUCUCCAGUUCUUACAGGAAGUCAUAAUUGCCGAUGCCCCUUGUCUUGAAAGAUUUUUCUAUCUUGGUGUUGGUGCAUACAAGCCAACCAAUUUAACUGUGAUCUCCGCACCUAAACUGGAGACCAUAGGGCGUGUUAAUGAUGGAUGGUUUGGUCGUCCCAGGCUUUUGUUUGGCACCAUAUCUAUUCAGGGAUUUAAAGUUGUAAGAUUGACAAUGGCAUUGAGCAAUGUCAAGACUCUAGCUAUCACAUCAUAUUAUAUUAAUCUUGAUACGGUCAUUGAGUUGAUGAAAUGCUUUCCAUGUCUCGAGAAGUUGUACUUGUACAUAAAGUCUUGUAUUUCAGGGAAAAUGAAUAGGAACCGGUGGUGUUGGAAUCGCAAUAUUUCAGGAGAAAUGAAUUGGUGGCGUCGUAAACAUAGGGAUUUCAUUAAAAGCUCUGAUAUACAUCUCAAGAAAAUAGUGAUGACAUAUCGAGGCAUCAGAUCACAAAUCAACUAAAUUUGCGUCAUUCUUUCUACUGAAUGCGAGAGAGUUAGAGUUAAUGAGGCUCGAAGUUGUAGCCAGUGAUUACAAUGACGCUUUUUUUGCAGAACAACAUAGAAUGCUUCAGAUGGAGAAAAGGGCCUCGAGAGGUUCACGGUUACAUUUUACAAACAAAAUUUGUACCCAUGGUAUACAUGUUAAUCAUGUUCGUGAUUUGUCUGUAGCAAAUCCCAUCGAAUGUAGAUGGUAGAAUUUGUUUAGGUCUUUCACCUUGGUGUUGCCACUCAUUUGGUAUUCGUCGGAGCAACUAUUUCUCAUGAAUUGUAGUGCUUUGAAUAUCUAUUACCUGGAACAAUAUAUGCUCACUCUUAGUUUAUGUUA